AUUGGGGAGUUUACAUCAUCUAGCAUAAAAUUGUUUUACAAAAUAUUCACUUAACAAAAACCAAUUUUUUUAAAAGUUCAGAAGAAAAAGGAGAGAAAAAAAAGAAGGAAAGAAGAAACAUAGAAAAGGAGAAGUUUGUAACCCUAACUCCCGAAAUUCCAAUCUGUAGAAUAGGGGAAUUAAUCACUCUACAUAUUACAGAUUUCAUUCCAUUAUCUAAAAAGUUUGAUCUCGAAUUUCGUAUUUCCUGCAUCAAUUCAAGUUACUUCUCGAGGAAAGAAAUUGAAGCAUUUUUUCGACGAUUGAGGUUUGUUUAGGACCAAUCUUACUAUAUAUAUUAUACUUGGCAGAGUAAGCUUUCAUCUUUCGAAUCAUAAAGCACUGGUGUCUGCAUAUUGCUACAAACCCAAUUAUUGAAUUAUGGCAGAUGGAAUAUCAAGCUUUUGGGGUCCUGUUACAUCUACCAUCGAGUGUUGUGAGCAGAACUAUGUUUACUCAUCUUAUAUUGCAGAGUUCUUCAACACCAUUUCAAAUGUUCCGGGCAUCAUUUUGGCACUUUUCGGUCUCAUAAAUGCCCUCAGACAACGCUUCGAGAAGAGGUUCAGUUUCCUUCACAUAUCCAACAUGGCAUUGGCUAUUGGUAACAUGCUGUAUCAUGCUACGCUGCAACGUGUGCAUCAACAUAGUGAUGAAACACCAAUGGUUUGGGAAAUGCUGCUUUAUCUCUACAUACUUUACUCACCAGAUUGGCACUACAAGAGCACAAUGCCAACAUUCAUCUUUUUCUAUGGUGCUGCAUUUGGUCUUCUUCAUCAUCUAGUAGGUCUUGAUAUAUGCUUUAAGUUGCAUUAUAUGCUACUCUGUCUUCUUUGCAUCCCUCGAAUGUACAAGUAUUACAUCCACACCAGUAAUGUCUACGCCAAGGGGCUGGCAAAGUUGUACUUGGUGACACUACUCCUGGGGAGCCUUUGUUGGUUUGUGGAUCGUGAGUUCUGCAUGAAAUUUUCUAGCUGGGAUUUCAACCCGCAGGGUCAUGCUUUCUGGCACGUCUUCAUGGGGUUCAACUCAUAUUUUGCAAAUAUAUUCUUAAUGUUCUGUCGCGCACAGCAACUGGGAUGGGAUCCAAAAGUUUCUUGUUUCAUGGGGGUCCUCCCUUAUGUGAAAAUCCACAAACCCAAGACUCAGUGAAAACAAGCUGUGGAGUGAACAAUAGUUUUAAUUAUAGUUGUGUGGCUUUAGCUUCUUUGGAGACGUUUCAAUUAAUUUUUUUUAGGUGUGUUCUCAAUGGAUGUAAAUGAUAUUUUGGUUUUUCGUUGAGUAAAAUGUAAAACCCUAGUGCAUGGUCACGUGUACCAUAUUAACUUAUUCCUUAGUAACAGGCAAUUUUGGAAUUACAAACUAGUUUUUUCUA